CUAAAAUAUAACAAUCGAUAACUUAAUGUGAAGUUAAGAGAAAUUCUAUCAUUAAAAGUCUCUUCACUUUUCCUAUUUUUAGUUCUAUUUUAUACUAUUAUCAAAAAUUGAAUUUGUAUCUAGGGAAAGAUAUAACAUUAUUCUCAAGUAGCUAUCUGGGGUACUAUAACAUGAACUUUGCUACAGUAAAUACUGCUCCACGGGAUAAAGGAUGAUGUAAAAACCAAUGUUAUGAACAUGGGAUCCAACCUCUACCUGAAGUUAUGUAUCCUUCAUGUAUUACUCCUGGUGACUGAUUGCGGUUUAGAAAGAGAAGAAAAGAAACCAGAGACUAACAUAUGGAAAAUUGUUGAAACACUAAUGAGCAAGAAUCUGUUGGAACUACUUGCAGGUGGAAUAUUUACAUGUUUAUCCAUGAUAUUCGGAGUGAAACAACUUAAAGAAAAGUUAAGAAAAAAGUCUGAAAAGAUCAAGAAACUGAAGUCUGACAAAGAAAAACUAAAGGAUAGGGUAUGGAACUUGGAGUUGGAAUUAGAGAAAAAGAAACAGAACCAGGAAGGGUGUUAUCUAAUGUAAAUAAACUGAAAAUUAUGAAAAUGGAAAUCUUCACCAAAAGCAACUGAUGUAAAAAAUCAGUUCUAUUUCAAAUAAUUCUAAGUAAGACCUUGUCUAUCGGAAAAAGAAAUGCAAAGAGAGAUUUUUAUGAAAGUUGCACAGUAUAAUAUAAUAGUUUUCAUGCAUUGAAUGUAAAUACACAUCCUGUAGGAAUAUCUGUGCAGUAAAAUAACUCAAUUAAUUGGGAUCAAAAUCUGAACUUUGAAACAAAAAUAAGAUGAACGAUUUUGGCAAAUGUGAUCAUAUAAUGUUGACUUGUUAUGUUUCUGAAACUGCACCUAUGAUCACAAAGUACACUUUUUAUAAAAUUGCAAUUUUUAACAAGGCAUUAACAUACAAAUGUCACCAUCUGCCAUUUGUUACAGAUGCCAGACACUGUCUACAAUAAAUGGAAGACUAUAACAAUAUGUCACCACCAAUGUCACCACUUCUGGUGGUGACAUUAAAACAGAAGAG